AACACUUCGCUAGACAAGAAAAUCAAUAUCAAUAUUGUGAUUGGAAACGUUUGCUUUUGCGUCUCGUGAAAAGUAGAAGAAUUUGUAUAAAACACAUUAAAAACAAUUUCUUCAGCUUGAACUAAUAUGAGAUUCACGAAUCCAAAAAAGAUGGGCCCUGAGCUUAAUUACGGCGAUUUGUCCUACAGCAUGGAUCUGGUAGAGGAUAGCGAGCAACUUAAGAAUGAUUUGAUCGAAAUAAAGGAGGUAUUGGACCAACUUUUGCCUCUUAAGGCUCAAUACAAUACUCUGCCUCUGCCGGCGAAAAUAGAACUCGACUUAUUCCUCGUGUUUGCUCUGAAUUCACUCCAAUGGAUAAAGCUGCAAAUAAAUGGCGUGGAUCCUACCAAGUAUCCCGUUGCGGGGGAAUUGCAGCGCGUGAAAGUUGCUAUGAUUAAAUGGCAGCAAGAGUGUGACCGUAAUAAGAGACCCCGGCUCGAUAUACCGGUGGUGCAACGCUUCAUUCGCGGUGGGCUGCGCAUCAGAAAUGCUGGCCAGCCCUACGCUGUAAACCAGCCAACACAUGAUGAUACAGAUGAAGAUUAUACCGAUGAGGAGAUGUAACUUUUUUCUCACUGAUUUUAUUCUCUUAUAUUCUAAGCAGUUUAAAUUGACAAUUUAAACUAGCUGCUGCUUGCGAUUUCGUUGCCAUGAAGAAUAAAUAAAUUAAGUUUAUUUUACUAUAUUAAUAUUGAUAAGUGAUGUAACCAAAGGAUAUAAUUGUAACUUUCAAUUUUCAAUAUAUGUAUCUGUAUUUUAAUGUAGUGUCUAGGUAUAUAAUGUUCUUGAGCAGAAUGGGGCUCGUAUAUCAAGAGUUGUUGAAGAAAUUAAAUAACCUCCAAAUUUGGAUAAAAAUUAUUUGUUACUUUUUAUAGAAAACAAAAUCUAUUUUAACAUCAAAUGUCAAAGUAUACAUUUUUAAAAAAUGUAUUUAAACUUGAGUAAUGAUAUAAGUAUUAUAAUAAUUUUUUUAAGUAUAAAAUACUAAGGAAUAGUUUAACUAAGACAUUCCAAUGUAAACCCUAAACCAUGACAAACUAUAAUUUAUGAUAAUACUUUCAAAUACUUGUAUAAGCCAUCCAUUUUUUACAAUAUUUUGGGUGAAAGGCUAUUUGUUAAAUGCGCCAUUAGGUUAAAUGUUCAGGAGAGCCAUUAAAGUCUUUUUAGAAAAAUAAACAAAUGUAAAUCCUGGAAAAAAUUUCAAUAGAAAAAUUUUCAGACCCGUUCUUUAAUAAAAUUACUAUAAUUCUGCAUACUUCAUUAUUUAUUUCAUAUUUAAAAUUCUGAAUAUAUGAUUCAAUAUCGCGUAAAAUGGCUGUUGAAAUAAAUAGCAUUUUACCUGUCUAUCAUUUCUUUAUUUAACAAAACUAAAAAAGGUAAAAAGUGAGGUAUAUUAGGAAUUAAAACUCAUGUAGUUUUUAUUUAUUUAUUGCUCAUCUAUCACUGAACAUUGUAAAAGUUCUUAAAUAAAUCAUAUAUCAUAAAAA